UUUGACCAAUCUAGCUGGACAAUAGGUAUUUAAAUAUAAUACUUAAAAUAACGAUUUACUGAUCUCCUUACAUCCUUGAAUAUAUUACUUAACUGACAAUAACAGUAAGUCAACCCUAGGCCGCGCGAAACCGGUUAUAACAAAGGGCGAAAGCGCCCAAGCUCCGCAGGUAGUCGGCCGACCCGCUCAGUGUGAGCUUUAACGUUAAAGAGUGUACAUGUAUUUUUUGUGUUUUGAGCGACUUCGAGUAGUUUUUUUCAUGGAUUCGUCAAAUAGAGAUGCCCGAAUGCAGCGAAAAUUGAUAUUCGAAUUUUGGCAUUCUACUCCGGCCAAAGAUCGAUUAAAUGAAGUAAUUAACUUCGUAAAGGUGCAGUUUGGUGUUUUAGUUCAAAAUGAAGAGCGGGACGAAAAAUUAAAAGCAUUCUUGAAAAAAGAAUGUGAAAAAAUUCGCGUCAAAUGGGUUCGCAAACAAAGAAGAUUAGAUUUAUUUUUAAAAGAACACGAAGAUUGGUUGAACGAAGAUUUGAAUUUCAAUAUGCUUGUGGCACCUGAAGACUUAUCACAACCAAGCACUAGUGGUGGCAGACCACAGAAAAGUUUUAAAGAAAGUUCCGAAAAGUCAAAAAAAAGAAAAGUGCAACAUUUGUUACAUAAUUACAGCAGCGAUGAGUUAACUUUUGCGACGCAAGUAAGUGUCAGAGCCAGUGGGAAGCGAGAUGCUGCAACAAUAAUACAGGAGCUGUCUACAUCCUCACCAAAGCGUGCCACCAAGUAUAAGAAAGCUCGCAAAAUUUUGAAUACUCCAAAAGAAAAAAAACCGUAUACUCCGGAUGAAGCCUUAGCCUUUUUUAUAUCAAAUAACUUGACAGUCCAAACUUAUAAAAAUAUUCAGCAAGAAGCAAAAGAAAGGGGAUUCAAUGCAUAUCCUUGCUAUGAUUAUGUGGCAAAAGUGAAGAAGCAGUGCUAUCCUCCGGUUGAAAAUAUAACUGUUACGGAUAUAUCAGCUGAAGUGAAACUGGAUGCUCUUUUGAGCCAUACUGCAUUGAGAAUAUGCAAAGAUAUUAUUGGAGAAAGAUUAGACAUAAGUGUAUUGAAUUACACUUUAAUAUACAAAUGGGGAUGUGACGGGUCAUCGGGCCAUAGCUUAUACAAGCAACCAUUUGAAGAUCCAGAUAGCACAGAUGAAUAUAUGUUUAUCAUCUCGUUAGUUCCAAUAAGACUCGUAAAUGAUGAACAGAAGAUCAUAUGGGAAAACCCUCGUCCAUCAUCACCAAGAUUCUGCAGAGUGAUAAAAUUUAUUUAUAAGAAAGAAACUGAAGCAUUAAUCAAAGAAGAGUGCCAAGUAAUUGAAAAGCAAAUAAUGGAGUUGGAACCAACUCGCGUAGAAGUAAAGGGUGUAGCCAUCUCCAUAAAACACAAUUUGAUUAUGUCAAUGAUUGACGGAAAAGUCUGUAAUGUUCUUACAGAAAACAAAUCAACACAGAGGUGCUUUAUCUGUAAAGCAACAUCCAAAGAGAUGAAUUCACUUCAACCAAUGGUUAGAGAAGUAGAUGAGAGCAUGUACGCAUUUGGCAUAUCGAGCCUACAUGCAUACAUUCGGACAAUGGAAUGUUUGUUAAACAUUAGUUAUCGCAUGGACAUUCGCGAGUGGCAAGUAAGGGGAGAACAGAACAAGAAAAUAGUUAAAAAAACUAAAGAAGAGAUCCAAAAUAAGUUUAAAGGAAUUGGCCUAAUCAUAGACAAAGUAAAGCCGGGUUUUGGAACCAGCAAUGAUGGUAACACUGCGCGAGCCUUCUUUUAUAAUUGUGCCACAACGGCACAAAUCACCAACAUUGAUGAAAAUCUAAUCCAUCGAUUUGGCACUAUUUUAGCGGCCAUAACUUCAGGUUACGAAAUUAAUACCGAAAAAUUUCAAGAAUUUUGUCAUGAAACCAGAGUCAUUUACGUGAAUUUAUAUGGUUGGUAUAAUAUGCCAGCCACAGUGCACAAAAUUCUUGUACAUGGAGCAAGCAUAAUAAAAAAUUGUAUAAUACCAAUAGGACAAAUGUCUGAAGAGGCUUCUGAAGCCAAGAAUAAAGAAAUUAGGAAGGCCAGAUUAGGCCACACAAUGAAAACCUCAAGAUACAGAACCAAUUACGAUUUAAUGAAGCAUUUACUGAUAUCUUCAGAUCCCUACAUCACGCUAUUAAGAAAACUUCCAAGAAAAAGUACAUUGAGACACGACAAAGAUGUACUUACUUUGUUAAAAGAUUGAAAUAAAUAUUGUAUACAUUCCAUUUGGCCUUUUAUUAAUCAUAUUAUUAUUUUAAAUGUAACAAAAAAAUCAUUCUUUUAGUUCCUGAGUUUUGUCCACCUAGAUUUGUCAAAUCGUAU